AUGCUAGACGACAUCCGGUUGAAAGACCGAAGAGAACAUAUUUUUUCUCAUCAAGAAGAUGCUUUAGCUUCUGAUACCUCGCAUGAAUUUGUUACUGGUACUGUAAGUUUCUUGAUUGGUGCAAGCAUGGGAAGGAGGAAAGGAAAGAAGUUUACUUUGACCAACAACGAUGAUCCUGGAAGCGGUGAAGACGAAAAAAUCCCUGUUCAAAAGCGAAGAGGAAGGCCACAAAAGCCAUUGGUGGAUGAAGCAGAUGAAGAUCUUGUAAAGAUGGAAGAAGAAGAAGACGACGAAGAUGAAGAUGAGACUACAAAUUCUGAUGCGAGUGGAAAGAAAAGGAAACGAAAUAAACAAAAGGAAAAAGGGGAUUUAGUGAAAGAUGGAAGCCCAAAUGGAACCAGAUCUAAUGGUUUUCGCCAUAAUGGAAGCAGGAGGAAGAACAAACCUCAUCGAGCUGCUGAAGCUGGUGUUGAAUGCAAGUGACACCACUUUGAGUUUGUUCCCCCAUAUGGAGACCUUGUGUCAAUUUCUAGUCAUCUUCUUUUAAUGUUUUUGUUUUGGAUUAGGAGACUUUGGACUAAUUAGAGUAACCAUGUUUUGGGGUUUUUUGUAUGCUACAUUUGAGCCUAAAACUGGUUUCUAUCAUAUAUGUAAUUCUUCCAACAACCCUUGUGCAUAACUCGUUUUUAUUAUCUCUGUUAUUCUUUCAGCAAUCUCUAAGC